AUGUUUCCAUCUCUCGACAUUGGGCGAAGUGUUGACGGAUUCAACUAUGGAUAUGAUAAUUCUUGUAUUAGCCUACCUCGGAAUUCGCCCAAGUGCGGAAAGCGUCCUGAGCAGCGCAACGCUGAACUAAGGUAUAUGAAUCCCCCAUAUACAGUCCAUGAUCCUCAAGUACCUGCAGUGGCCCCAAGAGGAUUGGACGCAGACGGCGAGCUCGUCCAUGCAGGAACAAGGUAUCCGUAUUUCCUCUCCGCAAAUGAGCAACCCUAUCCGAAAACAUUAGCAGCAUGCGGCUCUUCAGCAUCGAUAUGCCACCCCUCCCCCUCCAGUAGCUUGACAGACGACAACCUCCUGUCCAUAGCACUACCUAGCAGGCUCAACACACAAGACCUCGUGGACAUCCUACAAGAAUCCAACACAUACAAACAGCAUCGCAAUCAAGGCAGUACUAUCCUCAGCAACCUGCCAGCUCACCCGCGUCUGACACAAGACAUUGCCGGCAUCGAAACAACAUGCCGAAAUCCUCUCGAGAGUUCCAGACCAAGCAUCCCAGACCCAAUGGCCACCCACGCAGCACAAUACCUGUCAUCGGCCCCCAAAACACCAAACACCAAGCCAUAUCUCAUCCAUCCAUCAUCCACCAAACGAAAAUCUCCAUCGGCCGACACCCACCAUCCACCGCUAAAACCGGCUAUAUCCAAACCCGACGUCGUAUACCGCCAGCCCCAACCCUUCGUCGGCAAGCUAUCCUCCUCCGAGACACAGCAUGCGCCAAUGUAUGCAGCGCAAUUGUUGACCAGCCGUGCGCGAAAACGAACGUCGAAUCGCCCUGAUAUUCGGGCAUUGCCAAAUCACGACCAGGAUCCAAUCGAGUGA